AUUGAGAUACAUGCUCUAGAUUUUAGAUACGCGCUCCGUGAUCUUCUUGAAAGUUUAUCAUCUCGAAGUGCUUAUCAUGUGUGUGGAAGUUUUAAAAAAUAUAUAAACCGCGAUUAUACAGGGUGGUCCAUUUAAAGUGUUACAGUCAGGAAAGUAAACUUGCUGCACAUUGUACGUGUUAAUACGUCAGCGAUAUGUCUUACGGCGGAAUAAACGAGGGCAUUUAUGAUUACGCAAAGGAAAAAGAUGCUAUUAUCGUUGAUUUACGAAGCGACACACUCACAAAACCAACCGCGGCAAUGAGGAGAGCUAUGUUUGAGGCGGAAGUGGGGGAUGACGUUUACGAAGAAGAUCCUACGGUAAAAGAAUUACAGAAAAAAGCAGCGGCGUUGCUUGGAAAAGAAGAUGCGCUUUUUGUUAACUCUGGUACUAUGGGAAACUUGAUUGCUGUUAUGAAUCACUGCAACGUACGCGGCAGCGAAGCUUACUGCGGAGACGAAUCGCACGUAUUUCUUCAUGAACAGGCUGCUGCGGCGCAAGUAGCUGGUGUGAAUCUUCAUACCCUGCCAAACAACAACGAUGGCACAUUCGAUCUAAAGAAACUCGACAGGGCGAUUCGCACGGAUCGCAUACACGAACCGAUCUCGAAGUUGGUCCUUGUUGAAAACACAAUCAACGGUAAAAUAAUACCUCAAUCGUGGGUCGAGGAGUUGAUAGUGGUGGCGAGGAAGCAUAAUCUCAGGAUGCAUUUGGAUGGGGCGCGAUUGUGGAACGCCUCGGUCGCGUCGGGGAUCUCGGUGAAGGAAUUAGCCGCUCCGUUCGACUCAGUUACUUUUUGCCUAAGCAAGGGAUUAGGCGCUCCCGUGGGAUCCGUACUCUGCGGAAGCAAGAGUUUUAUCGCUGACGCAAGAAGAAGGCGCAAAGUACUGGGUGGCGCAAUGAGACAGGUCGGCAUAAUCGCCGCAGCCGGGCUCGUCGCUCUGGAAGAAACGGUACCGCGAUUAGCGGAGGAUCACAGAAGAGCAUUAGCGAUCGCACAGGCGAUCAAUCAGUUGAAUUCUAAAAUAUUUAACAUAAAUCUGAAAACUAUGCACACCAAUAUAAUAUUUAUAAACGUGAAUGUCGACAAUGGCGUUUCUGCUGUGACUUUCAUGAAGAGGCUCCAUCAAGUAAACAAUUUCGAUAAAGAUGACAAGAUCAUAAUCAGAUGCUUGGCUUUGACGGAAACUUUGGUCAGAUUAGUACUUUAUUACGAUAUUGAUGAUUCAAUGGUAGAUGCUGCCAUACGUAAAUUAAGAUAUGUCAUCAAACAGUUGGAUCCUCAAGUAGAGAUUUGAAUUUCUUCACAAUUUUUCUAAAAAGUGCCAAUGAAUAAAGAUAAUUUUCUAAAUGUAUGUGUAAUAAAUAAAAAUAUGUAUAUAUUCCAAUUUCCAAAAAAUUAAAUAAUAAACUAUUUAUUUAUGUCAUAAUUCAAUGAUUAUAAAAAUUAAUAAAAAUAUUAUGAAAAAAAUACAAA